CUGGCUGCCCUGACUCUUGCGUUUUAUCGCCUCUAUGGCUGGGAGGUUUUGGAGCAUGCCUAUCUCUACCACCUGACCAGAAGGGACAUCAGACAUAACUUCUCUCCCUAUUUCUACAUGUUGUACUUGACAGCAGAGAGCAAAUGGAGCUUUGCCCUCGGGCUCGCAGCUUUCCUGCCCCAGCUGCUUUUGCUCCUGGUCGUGUCUGUAGCGUUCUACAGAGACCUCGCCUUCUGUUGCUUUCUGCACACUGCUAUUUUUGUGAGUUUUAACAAAGUAUGCACAUCCCAGUACUUUGUGUGGUAUCUCUGCCUUCUGCCCCUCAUAAUGCCUAAUAUUAAGAUGUCCAGGUGUCGAGGUGUGCUGCUUCUCCUCCUGUGGUUUUUUGGACAAGGCCUGUGGCUUGCUCCUGCAUACUUUCUGGAGUUCCAAGGAUAUAACACUUUUUUGUUUAUAUGGCUGGCAGGCUUGCUUUUCCUUUUUAUUAACAGCCUCAUAAUUGUUCAGAUUAUUUCACAUUAUCAGGAAGAAGCACACAUGGCAAAAAAACUCGAAUAA